AAGGAUUUGCAGAAGAUAACAAACAAAAUAACCAACUGCAACCAGAAAGGUCAGUGGGGAACCACCGUGUGAACAGAAGUAACAGAGCAGCCAUGAGCAAUCUAAGCACUCAUUCUUCCCACAAUCCCACUCCAGAGGGGGACAACCAUUAUGUGACCCCAGCACUGUCCGAACUGCAGAGACUGGUAUGGGCCAGAGGAGGAUCUGACAAUCAUGUGGACCAAGUGUGGCCAAACCUCUACCUUGGAGAUGCAUGGGCAGCAAGAAGUAAAUCCAUUCUUCGGAGCAUCGGCACCACUCACAUCCUUAAUGCAGCCGACGGGCCCUACAGCGUCAACACUGGAGCACGUUAUUACCGGGACCUUCCGAUUCAGUAUUACGGAGUGCAAGCUUUCGAUGACAAUUCGUUUGACAUAAGCGUCUUCUUCCACGAGGCUGCCGACUUCAUACACCAGGCCUUAAAUUCUGCAGGAGGCAAGGUCUUUGUCCACUGUGCUAUGGGGCUAAGUCGUUCGGCCACUUUAGUGUUGGCCUACUUGAUGAUCCAUGAAAACCUGACACUCGUGGAAGCCUUGAAAUCAGUGGACUCUCACAGAGGCAUCUGUCCAAACACCGGAUUCCUCAGCCAGCUCCGAGCCUUGGACAUCAAACUAAACAAUGAAAAGAAGAGAGAGAACCCUAUGGUGAAAGGGGACCGAAGAACUCUGCAAAUGUAGGAAUUCUGCGC